AUGAAGCAGUCAUUCGCAAAGAAAGUAGUCAGUUCUUUCAUACGAAAGAAAUCCUCUCGCACAGCUGCCGAGGCAUCCGCCGAGUCCUCCGCCUCGGUCGCCGACGUCUCCCAGUCGAAUCAUUCCGCUGCGACGUCGCGCAAUCUGCGGGAACUCUCCGUCCGACUAGAUGAAUAUCUCGAGCAGAUUGACAUGAGCGGUGGAGAGGUCGACGUAGAUGUCAUAUCCAUGAGCCGGCAGGUCGAAAAGAUCAGCCGGUACACCAAUGGCUCGCUGCCUGCUUCUGUCAAGCCAGCUGCAAUAAGCGAUGACCGAGCCAGUCUGAUCAGGAUAGCGGCAUGGGCUUCGAAGGAGGUUUAUUCUUCCGACACGGCCGUGAUGGGCAGGAUUUCGCGUCCAGAGCAGUUCUCUGCCUACCAGCCAACUAAACACAGUGUAGAAAUUGACGCUUCUUUUCGAGAUGGGACUGUAAAGGCAACGCGGAUGCACUUGUUCUCUUCAGCGGGUUCAAGACUUUUAGUAGUCGCGAUACGAGGGUCGACGUCCAUAAGACGAGAUUGGACAAUUAAUUUUGACGAUAUCGGGAAAGAAACGGACGGAAAUGGCUACAUCAACGUCGAUGAGACCGAGUAUAAAGUCCACGGUGGAUUCUUAGAAUGCGCCAAAGCAAUGGUUGACAAGGUCUCGAACGCUAUAUCCUCCGUUCUCUUGGACGCUGGAGUACACGAAGCUGAGGACGAGGACGUGCAGCUACUCUUCACAGGGCAUUCUGCUGGCGGAGCCGUAGCUUCCUUGCUGUACGCGCAUAUGAGCUCCAAAAAUCCAUCAUCAUUGAGUCAACUGGGAUCAAAGUUUGCCGUUACGCACUGCAUCACCUUUGGAUCGCCACCAGUAACAGCACCUGCUCUCAGCGCUUCCCACUCCCAGUCGGUCUUCCAUGCAAUCAUCAACGAAGGAGACCCUGUUCCUCGCUUGGACAAGGACUACGCCGAGUCUUUGCUGCAGCUGUACCUAUUGCCUAUGGCGCCAAAGCCUGUUGACUGGAAGUUGCCCGCAAUGCUGCUGGAAAAUGCUGGCACGGUUCUGCUGCUCAAGAAUGGCGUCGAGGGGUUUUGUGAAGUCCCGGACGAUGAGAUCAGGAGUGUGUUGGAGUCGACCAUCUUUGGGAGUCCGAGAGCGCAUAAGAUGGACAUGUAUCUGUGGAAGCUUGGGAUGAUGCAGUUUAAUUAA